CAUUUGGGGGAUAUCUGUCCUGUCCUGACAUUUGGAGGAUAUCUGUACUGUUCUGACAUUUGGGGGGAUAUCUGUACCGUCCUGACAUUUGGGGGUAUCUGUACCGUUCUGACAUUUGGGGGAUAUCUGUACCGUUCUGACAUUUGGGGGAUAUCUGUACUGUCCUGACAUUUGGGGGAUAUCUGUACUGUUCUGACAUUUGGGGGAUAUCUGUACUGUCCUGACAUUUGGGGGAUAUCUGUACUGUCCUGACAUUUGGGGGAUAUCUGUACUGUCCUGACAUUUGGGGGAUAUCUGUACCGUUCUGACAUUUGGGGGAUAUCUGUACCGUCCUGACAUUUGGGGGAGAUCUGU